GGUCAAACUCUUAGACCGAGAUGAUAAUUUGAAUACUUACUACACGUUCUUCGGUCACAGAUAUUUCGGUCUUGUAAUGCUUCUGUUUUAAUACCUUUUGGUUCCUCUCUUUUCUUCUCCCAGAUUACCUCUUCCUAUAGCACCAAAUGACUUGUUUUGGUAUAGCUGGGCAUGCAAUAAUCCCACGGUGGCUUAAAAACCUCUACACAAGCGCGUGCGAUUUAGACGAUUCGACGGACUGGGACUAUGGCCCAGGUUAUGACCACAGACGGGAAUGUACUAGCUUCGCAUGACCCGCGAAGUGAGCGAAAUGACAGCAGGAUAUACCUGGAUACAGAGCCUACACCUUGUGGAGAAUAUCGACUAAAUUCGCCUGGUUGGACUGAUAAUAAGACGCUACAAAUCCCAAACCCACCAAAUUCUCCGCAGACUCCUGAUUCCGCGUAUCUUGCAUGUGCUCCGGCUAUGCCUCAAACGCCAGUGCUACUGGAGAUACGUAAGGAUCAGCCGCUACCAAGGGCACUUUUCAGCAGGUUGAAAUCUAAGAGAAUGGGGGAUACCAGACCCCCGUCCACAAGAAGUACGUCUCGCGAGCAGGGACCCUGGGAUUUACUUGUUGUUGAUGAGGCGAUGCUGGUCCUGGACAUGUUCCAGUCAUGCAAAUAUGAAGGCGUACUUUUUGGCAACUCCAUAGAGCCAUCUCUCAUAAUUCGUAUUGAAGGUAGGGGCAGAUCUUGUUGCCACAGGAUGAAUGGGCCGAUAUUCGUAAACACGGAUUCUUUUUGGAAUUGAGAAUCACCGGCUGAUAGUGCUCAUGAAUUUAUGUACACCCUAGCAUCCCAGUCAGGCUUCGUCUAGUCGUUUCGCGACCUGUAAUAAGAGCUGCUUGUCCAAAUC